AUGUCGCCUCGUAUCGCAGCACCCUCCAUCAUGGCACAAGAUAAAACCCCCAAAAUCCUCAACAUUGCCAUCAUUGGCGCAGGAGUCGCUGGUCUUUCCACUGCGAUUGCGUUGCGGAUUCACGGAGCUCAACCCCAGAACGUCGUCGUCUUUGAGAAGCACCCCGAGGCGGAACCAACAUUUAGUAUUCGAUCAGCUUCUCGGACCAAAGUGCUGGGCUAUCAAGUCGAACCUUUGAAUCCAUUGACAGCAUACAGUGUUAAUGUGUCGCGCGAAAAACUGGCAGCAGACCCGGAUCUCAAGUUUUUUCUCAACCGCAGCGGGUUCUGGUCAGGACCGUAUUCUGGCGUGAACCAUAUGGACAUGCCCGACUUUCGCGACUCUUGUAACUUUUGCUUCACCAUUGAGAAGGACGAUGGCAGUGCUGGGGAGUGGUACAAGCAGUGCGAUGUCGAUCAGGUGCGCCGUCAAUACGCCGCUUUUGAACCGCGAAUCCACAAAAUCCUAGAUCUGGCGAGCGAGGCCCCUUACAUUUGGAAGCUCUCCGACAUCCCAGCUCUGGAAACAUGGCGAAGUUCUGGCAGUCGCGUUGUUCUACUUGGUGAUGCUGCGCAUACCAUGCUACCAUACGCGGCAAUGGGAGCGGCCAGCGGCAUAGAGGACUCUCUGUGCAUCGCGGAAUAUCAGAAAACCUCGUGCCACUUUCAUCACCGAGCACCUAAUGAAGACAAUCAUGGUAGAAGACUCGAAGACUUUGACCCGCCCGCUGUUGCGACAGGCAGCUUUGUCCCCAGCACUCGAGCACACCUUCUUGAAUACGACGUGUACCUGCAUACCGUGGCGUACCUGAAAGCAAUGGCGGCGUAA